GGUCUGUCGGAGCUUGGCUGUUCUCGACCCGCGGCGAGGCUGGCGCACCGCAGCCAUGACAGAGGCUGAUGUGAACCCGAAGGCCUAUCCCCUCGCAGAUGCCCACCUCACCAAGAAGCUGCUGGACCUUGUUCAGCAGUCGUGCAACUACAAGCAGCUUCGGAAAGGAGCCAAUGAAGCCACCAAAACCCUCAACAGAGGCAUCUCUGAGUUCAUCGUGAUGGCAGCAGACGCUGAGCCCUUGGAGAUCAUCCUGCACCUCCCACUGCUGUGUGAAGACAAGAAUGUCCCCUAUGUAUUUGUGCGCUCCAAGAAGGCUCUAGGGCGGGCCUGUGGGGUCUCCAGACCUGUCAUCGCCUGUUCUGUUACCAUCAAAGAAGGCUCUCAGCUGAAGCAGCAGAUCCAGUCCAUCCAGCAGUCUAUUGAAAGGCUCCUGGUGUAGGCCUGUGGCUCUGCCCUUCCUGUCUGCUCCCACCCUACUCUGUAUCAUACCGUCUGUUAGCAUGUAGUGUUUUCAGCCAGUUUCUAUUAUAAAUAUUGUACU